UUUUUACGUAAUGCUUAACUCGUCAACAUCAAAUCAGAAAACACAAGCUUACACUCUGAAUUAUAUAUAAUUUUAAAAUCGGAAAAUUAUGUGUUUGAUAUGGGCCUGCACCAAGUACUUGGCGCGUCGAAAUCCAAAGAUAUUCGUUCGAAUCUCCCAUCCGACCGCAGUACUAUUCGUAAUCGUGACAACGAUCUUUUUUGUGGUCCUGCAAAUGUUUUACGUGGUACCCCAAUUGUUUGAUGUUCAAGGAUUCAUGUACAAGCUCGGCUGGCUAGUGGCAAUCUUUAUAACAUAUAAUAUCUUUGGCAAUAUGCUUGCGUGUCAUAUCACAAGCACUUCGGUGGAGAGCCUGCCAAAGGAUCGGCAAAUUCCGGAGCCGGAAGAGGAGCACCAGUGGCAUUACUGCGAUGUUUGUGAAAAACUAAUGCCUCCAAGAUCCUGGCACUGUAUAUUGUGCAAGUGCUGCAUUCUGAAGCGGGACCGCCACUGCAUUUUCACUGCCAGUUGCGUCGGACACAAUAAUCAGAGAUACUUUUUCUGGUUCACCCUCUUCAUGGCUUUGGGAACUGGUGUGGCCUUGGCUACCCAUAUUAUUGCCACCCUAAAGUAUUUUAGCUAUUCGGACCUGAUAUUCCUAAAUAUCCCUAGGGAUAACUUACCUCCAUUUUGGCUGGUCAUCACUCUUAUACUAAACACCUACGUAUUUGCAGCCCCUGUAUCUUCGGUGCUUAUGCAAUUAUCUGUACUUAAAAAUAAUGGCACUUUGCAUAAGUUUUACAGUGAUACCUACGAUCUGGGCUUGUGGGAGAAUUUCAAGCUGAUUUUGGGCGGAAAAGGCUUUUGGACUUUCCUCUCACCCACCGUUAAGAGUCCUCUGCCCCAUGAUGGUGCCCAGUGGAAGAUCAAACGUGUUCAGCAUCAUUCACCAAAAUUACAGUUUCUCCGUGUAUCCGAUUGAUGAAAAUUUCUCAUGUAUUUGUACAGCUUCGGGGCAUCAUGCAAUCACAAGUUCAAAUGCAGACCAUCAACAUCCCAAGACGCGUGGGGGCCAUCAAAUCCUGGACAGAUAUCAUGGGAGUAUCCAUAAAUGUCUGCAUAAUCUUGUUUUUCUACUUCUUCGAAGCUUUCUACGUAAUGCCACAGUUUUUGGGAUUGUUUGGACAGGCGGUUCAUUUUUUAGUCACCACUUGGAUUGUCUACAAUAUUCUGGAAAACUUAAGGCUGUGCGUCACGACGUUGAACACUGUGGACUCUUUGCCGCCGCAAAUGCAGCAGCCAAUGAAAGGUGAAGAGCACCUGUGGCAUUUUUGCAAAAUAUGCCAAAGGAAUGUACCGCCAAGGUCCUGGCACUGCAACAUCUGUGAUGCGUGCAUUCUGAAACGCGAUCACCACUGCAAUUUUGUGGGCAACUGCGUGGGACACAAUAAUCAGCGAUAUUUCAUAUGGUUCUCAUUUUACGCGGCCAUCGGUAGCGCAGUGGCCUUAUUUGAUAACUUCAUGUUGGCCCAUAAGCACGGUGUUGGAUUUUUUGAUUUAGUCAAAGCCAAUUACAUUAUUUUUAAUGCUUACAUGAAUCCUGGUAGAAAAGAAUUAGUGAUAUUCUAUCGAAUAGUCAGUGUCUUAGGUGUCAACAUAUUCGCCGUUCUCUUUCCAGCAGCACUGUUUUGCACCCAAGUAGUGACGGUCAUCAAAAACUCAGUAAUGCACGAUUAUUCUGAUCGAACCUAUGACCUUGGAUUAGGGAAUAAUUUGACCCUGAUCCUGGGAAGUCGGCGAUUAUGGACUUGCCUAUCGCCAAAUAUCAAAAGUCCCCUGCCCCACAAUGGCACCCGAUGGAAAUCGAAGCGUGCCGUCUAGUCCAAAUUUGAUAUCAUCUAUCUAUUCUUGACCAUUAAGAUUAUAUUCUAUUUCCGUUAUGUUGUAUUUGUCGCUAAAUAAAGAAUGUAAUAGACUAU